AUGAAGUCAACCUUCUUCCUCACUCUGGUUGCUGGCUUCGCCUCUUCUGCAGUAGAUGGGUUUAACCAUGUCCAAAAGGAAGCCCGCCGGCCACAGCCCGUGUAUGAAAUUGAGACUGUCCAGCCGUCGCUACACCUCGAUAAGGUGAACUUGAAGCAAGUUCCUGCCAGCUCGGUUCUAUCAUCGCGCCAAUCCACCGCUGGUGACUUCUAUGAAUGCAGGAACUCGAACCCCCCACCUGGUGACAGCGACUGCAACAACGUAAUCGAUGAGGUGUUUACACUAGACCAACCCCUCAUAGUGGCACCCAACGCGUGCCUAUUGUUCCAAUACGGAACGUGUUGGGGCUCCUUUUGUGCCUUAUGUCAACAACUGUCGACCGACACCAACUUCGUCGGCAGCCAGCUCGCCUCAGCUGAAGCCCUAUGCGUAUCCGGCGGCCAGGCUGGCACCCUCAUCAGCUCGGACGAGCCACAGUGGGAGGCCGGCUUUAUUUACCAGGGCGGCAGUUUACCCACCUACAACGUAUGUUAG